AUGAGGAGAGGAAAACAAGAUCAGCGGCAGACGCGCACGAUGUUCGGAAACAUCUUCGGCGCGAAUCUCAGCAAGGUUGGCGCCGACGGUUUUAACUCGCUGGUCCGCCGGCAGAUGGGUGUCCAGAAUUUCACGUAUGCGUACAAUCAGAUGGGCGUCGUAGCGACCCUCCGCCUGGCGAAUGCUGGGCUUACCGACAACCUGACCGCCUGGCAGCGGUUCCUGCCAUCCGGACCGAUCGCUUUACUGCCGUUAAGUGAUGAUAUGAGCUCCCUGGUGUGGUCAACCGGUGUUGCUGAGGCGAAACGUCUACUUCAGCUCGACGCCAGCUCGUUCGUUGCCGCUGUUAAUGCCGCUUUCCAUAAACCGAUGCCCCGGAAUACCAUCGUGGAUGACGUGAUGAAGAGUGUCAAUGCGCUGCUUAAACAAUCCACUGGCCAGCGGCUUGAGGCGGCACCGGUUGUUGAGGGGGAAAUUCCCACAUCCAGGGCUGCGUUUCCUUUAGGGCUUGGCCACACCAGUACGUACGCCGGGCAGGGUGUCUGUCUCAUCGGGGAUGCCGCCCAUCGAGUACAUCCGCUUGCCGGCCAGGGUGUAAAUCUAGGUUUCGGUGACGUGCAGACGCUGGUAGACAUCUUAGCUGAAGCGAAUUACUCCGGUAUGGGGAUUAGCAACAUUAACGACUUAAUUCGGUACGAGCAGCAACGACUGCGACACAACGUGCCGGUGUUGCUGACGACACACGGUUUGCAACAGCUCUACACGACCGAUUUCCCAGCGACGGUUGCGAUCCGCAGUAUUGGGCUUACGCUGACCAACGCCUUCCCCCCGGUGAAGAAAUUCCUUAUGAACUACGCGAUGUCCUAG